AAAAAAAAUCUCCUAAAAAAUACAAAUUAUAUUUUGUUAGCUAAGAAAGUCAUCUUCUAAACCUCAUCCUUUUGUCUGCACUUCCUUUUGCAGUUCCCGCUCUCUUCUGCUCUGAAAAUCAAACCAAAAAAAUCACUGAAAAAAAAAAAAAAAUGGGUUGUGUUUCUUCCAAUCUUCUCCACCAUGACGACGAGUUCACUCAGCUGGGUAGCUCAGCACUGAGUCACCACAUCGUCUCGCUCAAAUCAUCAACCUAUGGCCUCCUCACUCUCGACCCACCUCCACCUCCAAACCAUCCCACUACCCCACCAACCCCACCUUCUCGUUUCACUCUCGGCUCCAUCUUCCCAACCCCAUUAUCCGAACCCAAAUCCCUUUGGUCUGAACCCAGACCGCCCCGAACCGACCCGGAAGUCAUUAACUCCUGGGAACUCAUGGCCGGUCUUGACGCCGACAGUUUCCGAUUCUCCCCAAUCCCACCUCCCAAACCCUUCGCUGUUAGAGACCCAAUCGCCGCCGCCGGCGCCGAUAAAGAGAAUUCGAACCCCAAUCGGAAUCUCAAACCGCUAAACGACGACGUAUUGAGACCACCCUCGAAGAGGAAUUUGCUGCUUCUGGAUCGGUUCGAGAAUAUAUGCCCGUCGAGUGGUGAAAACAGAGUUGUGGUCUAUACGACGACGUUGCGAGGUGUUCGGAGUACCUUCGAGGCUUGCAAUGCGGUUCGAUCGGCUUUGCAAGCCUCCGGAGUUACGGUCUGCGAGCGUGACGUUUCGAUGGAUAGAGGGUUUAGAGAUGAGCUUAGGGAAUUGAUGAGAGGGAAAGGCAAAGAAACUCUGGUUCCUCCGAGAGUGUUCGUCAAAGGGAGGUACAUUGGUGGUGCUGAGGAGGUUUUGAAGAUUGCUGAAGAGGGUCUUCUGGGUGAGAUUCUUGAAGGAUUGCCCAAAAGAAGAACUGGGUCUGUGUGCGAAGGUUGUGGGGAUGUUAGAUUUUUGCCAUGUUUUCGAUGCAAUGGAAGCUGCAAGAUGGUUAUGGCGGUGAAAGAAGAAAUGGGUCAGAAGCAAGGGGGUGCUGCUGUGGUUGUGAGAUGUCCAGAUUGCAAUGAAAAUGGUUUGGUUCUUUGCCCAAUCUGUAGCUGAUUGCUGAGAAUACAAAAAAAAAAAAAAAAAAAAAAAAAAAAAAAAAAAAAAAGGGUCUGUAUUUUAUAUCAAGCUUUUUUUUGGCCAAGUCAUAGUAAGAUAUAUGAUCCCUCUCAUUCCGUAACUUUGGUUUAUCGAGUUUUAUGAUGAAAUGGAAAUGCUUAUGUGAUCUGUAUUCUGAGUUUGGUUACUGGGAAUAUUAUGGAUCUCUAGUUAUAUA